CAUUGUAUUUUCGUGUUUAUAUAAAUAAGGAAAGAAGUUCGCCCUAAACUCUCUCAGGUCCAGUUAUCGAGACAGCGCCGUCACUUCGUCUCCUUGACGCCGGUGGUGCCUCUGGCCGCCGGCGUCGAGCCAUCUCCGCCACUGUUCAACCUCGCCCUCGAUUCUGUUGCAUCAUUCCAGUCUCGACGAGAUCUCUCGUCUACUUUCUUAUGUGCGCUUCUCAAGACGACGGAUCUGUUCAGAGAAGGUUCGCCGCCGUGAUUAGGAGAGCUCCGUCUUUGCGUUACAGUGUUGUGUCUGAUCUUUCAAUUUGCUCCACCGACCUUCUAAUCGGUGCAUCUCUACUCCUUUAUGAAGAAGAAACCGUGAGCGUUUCCAGAUCUAGGUCUCACCCGCCGGAUCUGACACCAUCCCCGCUGUCCAUCAUGUUCGGUUCAGCUCUGAAGAUUUUGCUUCCUCUCCGAGAAGGUGAGGAUCUCAGUCAAGUUUCUCCGCAUUGCUAUACCAUAUCGUCAACAGAUCGGAGAGCCGAACCGUCCAUCAAUUUGUCACGAAAAAGCCACCAGCCGUUCACAUGUCACUGCUCCGUUUGCGCCGAGUUGGGAUUCCACCGGCAAAGACAAUUUGAUACAUCAAUUGGGCUGGGUUUACAAAAUUUUGGGUGUGGGCCUAACAAGUCCAAAAUCUAUCACUGAUAGUUUGCUUUCAACGCCUUAUUUCUCUUUUGUGAAGAGUCUUGUCGCUCAAUUACUGGUGGAUUCAUCAGGAUUUCUGAAGAAGCGAACCUUAUCAACCCCUGCCUCAGUCAAGAGGAAUGUUUCCCCUCCAAACGUUAAAUGGAGGUGUAUGCUCAUAUCUAUAACUGUUUUGCUAUCUUGUGUACCGGUCCGUUUGGGGCCUGAAGAUGCAACGGAUUUCGUCUCGACGAUAUUUGGAGGUGCGGAUUGGGUAUUAACGUCACGUCUCAAAGUGACUAAAUCUCAAGUGUCCGGCAGUGCCGCAAACCUUGCUUUGACGCAUUCGAGCCCGACUCUGAAUUCGCUGUCAUCAUAUUUCAGUGUCUUAACUAUGUUUUAUGUUGUAAUGUUUUCUGAUUGUAGAGUUUUAAGCUCUCUUUCCUGUUGUAGUUCUGAAGUUUAAGUUAUGAAAUGAAAGUUGUGUUCAAAAAAAAAUAUAAAUAAGGAAA